CAUGGCGUCCUGCACUUCUCUUUAGAACUGUUUUUAUUCUGGCUUUUAGGGUUAGGGUUUCUUCUGCAAUCACCAAAUUAAUUUCGUCUGCGUUGGAAUUCUAUAAAAGAGAUGUGGCACGAGGCGAGAAGGUCGGAGAGGAAAGUCCAUGAUCUGAUGGAUGCUGCUCGUAAGCGAGCGCAGAGACGGGCCGUGUUUCUGGCGAAGAGGCGUGGCGAUCCUCAGCAAUCGAUUCAGGUCGUCGGAUCUCGGAGCCGUAUGUACCGUGACGAAGGCCUCUAUCAAGCUACACAAGAUCAGCAAGGCCUGAUACCAUGGAAUGGGAAACAAAAUAUAUUGAUCGACAGAUUUGAUGGCCGUGCUCUUCUUGAUUUUAUCCGAGAAUAUGAUUCCAAACAUUCUCGGGUCCAGGAAAAGACGGAGGAAGAAGAAGAAGUAGAAGAGUUUGUUAAUUUUGAGCGUUAUCGGGAUUUAAUUAAGCAUCACCGUAGAGGAUUGAAUGAUGAAGAAGGUUUGCAACAUGUUUAUGAAGAAAUGGAGGCAAAGACUGCAGCUCUGUUUACAUCAGACAGGUCACAUCCUGCACAGCCUGCAGCAAGCAAGGGCUCUUAUUCGCAGGUUGGGUUUUCCUAUGAUGGGGAUGGGAAAGAGGAAUCCCGUGUCUUGGAGAGUGAUGAUGAUGAUGAUGAUGAAGAGGAUGAGGAUGAUGAGGAUAUAAACAGUGAUGAUAGCAAUGAUGAAGGAAUGGAUGCAAUUGCAAAAGAAUUUGGAGUGAAGAGGUAUAGCUGGCUUGUUCAUAUGGAUAAAAGAGCCAAAGAGGAAGAGAAACGGCAAAAGGAGGUAGUACGAGGGGAUCCUGCAAUUAGGAAGCUAAGUCGCAAAGAGAGAAGGAAGGCUUCCCAGAUUGAAAGGGAGAGAGAAAGGGAAACUGCGCGUAUAACAGGAUCCCGAGCUUUCCAUCAUGAUCCCUAUCGGGAACCUCGACGAAGCCCCACCUAUGAAUCUUAUUCUCGUUCUAGAAGAUCAAGAUCCAGAUCAAAAUCACACUCCCCAUACUCAGGACGCUAUGAUCGUGGCAUGCGUUCUGAUAACAUUCAUAGAAGCAAAUCGAGGACUUCUAAAGUAGAAUAUAUUACUGAGUUCGGGGGGGCUGCCGACUCUAGUGAGCCAAAGCUUGAAGGAUACUCUCCACCACCAUCUCCUCCAUCCCAAGUUGAUGUGCUGAACCGGCCAUCAUCUGGUCGCAUACUUGAGGCACUACAUAUUGAUCCUGCAUCUGCUGUUUCCCUUGACCAGGAAAAGAACACUAAAGUGUUGAAACCAUCAAUUAGUAGCACGUCAUCAGCAUUGGCAAAGCUAAGCAAACCAACGGUCCCUGGUGGGCCCUUAAAAACCCAACAGGGUGAGAAGAAGGAAACGCCACAGGAGCGCCUUAAAAGGAUCAUGAGCAAACAGUUGAACAAACAGAUUAGGAAAGACACAGCUGUUGAGAUGGCUAAGAAACGAGAACAGGAGCGACAAAGGCUGGAGAAACUUGCAGAAACAAGUCGAUUAAGUCGGCAUAGGCAUCGUAGCCAUAGUGGAAGCCGCAGUCGUUCUCCAAGAAGAAGAUACCGGCGUAGCAGAAGUCGAAGCAGAAGUAGGAGCCCACGGAGAUACUAUUCACGCUCUCGCUCCCCUUCUCACUCACGUUCCCGAUCACCAAGGGUAAGGAGCCGGUCCAGACAUUGAGAGAUGGUUUGGCAUGCAAGUCGUGGGGUGACUAUAAGCCUAUAUAUUUUGUAGUUAGGAGAAUGACCUGAUCUUUUUCCUCUAUUGCUAGAAGACACUGGUAUUGGCCAUUGUUCAAUGUUGUGCCUUGUGCUGUAUUUGAAGUGAAAGAGCUCUUGCAACCAUAUGUUUGAAA